AUGGAAACAUUUUUCUUGAGAGGGUUGCUGUUGUGUUGGCAAUGCUUUGUAAUCCCGGUGUGGGGACUGGAUUUUUACACUGCGGCAGUCUUUGAACACCCAUCAUAUUUUGAGUCAAACGUAUCUAUCGUUUCUACACGUUCAGAGGCACUGAAUAUAAUGAGGGAAUUCCUGGACAUCUACCAAGAGCAAGUCCAUGCUGCAAGUAAACAGGGAGUUAAGAUAAUUGUAUUUCCAGAGAAAGGUAUCCAUGGCUUGCAUCUCAGCAGACCUGCUCUUUUUCCCUAUUUGGAGCCUAUUCCAGAUCCUAAUGUUGUUCAAUGGAAUCCCUGCCUGCAUCCAACUGCAUAUAAUGAUACAGAGGUGCUUCAUCAGCUGAGCUGUAUGGCAAGGAACGGCAGUAUGUACUUGGUUGCAAACAUGGGAGAGAGACAAACCUGUGAGCAAAGCGAUCCCAAAUGUCCACCCGAUGGAAGAUAUCACUUUAACACAAAUGUGGUUUUUGAUGCUGAAGGUACUUUCAUUGCGAAAUACCAGAGAUGGAACCUUUAUUAUGGAAAUAUUUAUGACAAACCCAAAACAGUGCAACACGUCAUCUUUAAUACAUCAUUUGCUGGAAGAUUUGGCAUCAUAACUGGCUUUGAUAUAUUGUUCUAUGAGCCAGCAGUAAGUUUAAUUGAGAAUUAUGAUGUAAAACAAAUUGUAUUUCCUACAGCCUGGAUGAACCAAUUGCCCCUCUUAUCUGCCGUACAGUUUCAUCAAGCAUUUGCUACUGCAUUUGGGAUCAAUCUUUUCGCAGCCAAUCAGCAUCAUCCUGAAGAUGAUAUAACAGGAAGUGGUAUCUACACCCCAUUAGAUUUCCCCUAUUAUUACAACUCCGAGAGCAGCGAAGGUAAACUUCUUGUGGCCAAGGUCCCUAUAAUCACAUCCCGUCAAAAUCACAGCCUACAACUUGAGGUGACGGCAGCACUUCUUAAAGGGAACAAUUAUUUUGAAGCUUUUGUCCUUCAGAAGAAGGGAGAAAAGCAGGAACAAAUUGGCCCAAUGGAAAGAAAUGAUCCUGGUGAUAUUUUUCAUAAUAUCAUGAUGUAUGAUAAUUACACAUUUAUCUCUUUGACAGGUUUAAAAGGUAGUCUGCACAUCUGUUCCAACACCCUCUGUUGCCAUGUAGCCUACAAACGUAGCAAUGAUACAGAUGGUAAUCUGUAUGCAUUGGGAGUCUAUGAUGGGUUUAACAAUAGGGUUUUUGGCGCUUAUUACACACAAGUGUGUACCUUGGUGAAGUGUGCAGGCUCAAGUUAUGACACGUGUGGACAAAAUGUUACAACUGCCUCUGAUAUCAUAGACUUUGGAUUAUGGGGGAAUUUCAGCGCAACCCAUAUUUAUCCAGAAAUAUUGGCAGAUAAGAUGAAAAUUUAUCGUGCCGAUACCAGAGGAUGGGCUAACAGUAAUUAUUGUAUGAUCAAGAAGGGGAUGUCAGCAGGUCUUGUCACUGCAGCACUCUAUGGAAGGUGGUAUGAGAAAGAUUAG